AUGGUCUCACUAACAUUCGUGGGAAAUCAGGGCGCAGUCAGAACAUUUGGCAGCCUGCUGAGUAUGUUCUACUCAGAUAUUUCCAGAACAUUUGGCUACAUGAACGUGGCUGACAUUAAGAAACUGAAAUCAGUAGGAAUCUGUACCAUCAAAGGCAUACAGAUGACAACAAGAAGAGCUCUAUGCAAUGUCAAAGGACUCUCAGAAGCCAAAGUAGACAAGAUUAAAGAGGCAGCGAACAAACUAAUUGAACCAGGAUUCUUGACUGCAUUUGAGUAUAGUGAAAAGAGGAAAAUGGUUUUCCAUAUCACCACCGGGAGCCAGGAAUUUGAUAAGUUGCUAGGAGGUGGAAUUGAAAGCAUGGCAAUUACAGAAGCUUUUGGAGUUUAUUCACUCUUAUUAAUAUAAAUUUUUAAUUGCUUCCUAGUGACAGCUCAACUUCCAGGAGCUGGUGGCUACCCAGGAGGAAAGAUUAUCUUCAUUGAUACAGAAAAUACUUUAAUUUACUAUCUAAAAUACUCACUUCGAAAACAAAACAGAGAACUGUUUGCAGAAGUCCCUUUUCAGAAAUGCAGGCAUGAGAAGACUCUGAAAGAGCCUUUUAACUUGGGGAAGGAAGGUGAACAUCAGAUGGAGCUACUUGAUUAUGUAGCAGCAAAGUUCCAUGAAGAAGCUGGCAUCUUCAAACUAUUGAUUAUCGAUUCAAUAAUGGCACUUUUUCGAGUGGAUUUCAGUGGCCGUGGAGAGUUGGCCGAACGGCAGCAAAAAUUGGCCCAGAUGUUGUCACGACUCCAAAAAAUCUCAGAAGAAUAUAAUGUGGCUGUUUUUGUGACCAAUCAAAUGACUGCCGAUCCAGGAGCAACUAUGACCUUUCAGGCAGAUCCCAAAAAACCCAUUGGGGGACACAUUCUGGCUCAUGCUUCAACAACAAGAAUAAGCUUGCGAAAGGGAAGAGGAGAGCUCAGAAUUGCCAAGAUUUAUGAUAGUCCUGAGAUGCCUGAAAAUGAAGCCACCUUCGCAAUAACUGCUGGAGGAAUUGGGGAUGCCAAGGAGUAG